CCAGGGCAGACGCCUGACAAUGUCAUCAUCGGGAGAGACCUAGGCACGGGCGGAUGGAAGCGCGCGUCUUUAGGAGUUCUAAGCCAUCUCUUCGGAGGCGACGAAUAACCCGGCCAGCGAUCACUCGAAAAUGGCGCUCAUCAUGUUGCUCUUACUAGGCCUGCUGCCGUUCCUAUGCCUGUCGGCUUCCCUCCCGAAGCCCUCGCGAUUUGAUCAACUGGGACCGAGAGGUAAGCCGACAAGUGCUCACCGCACAUCCGAGAACGGAAGGCAUAUCAGAGCUACGCUUCAGUCUCGGAGGGUAAGAAAUAUAACUGGCGGUACGGUGUCCAUAAAUGACGAAACAUCUAAAAUCCCAAGUCGGUCACCACGAGAGCCGUUAGCACGAUAUGGUGCGGGAAUUGUAUAUAUGCUUGAACUCGCUCUCGGAACCCCCGGACAGAUAAUCUCGGCUAUCCUCGAUACCGGAUCGUACACGCUACUCGUGGAUCCGGACUGUAACCAGGCGGCGGACCCGAAAGCUUGUCGGACAUAUGGGUACUACGACACGCAACAGUCGUCUACCGCCAAAACCCUCAAUGGCUGGUUCUCUGGCCAAUUCGGCACUGGCUAUAUGGAGGGGGUCUGGUUCAGUGACACAGCCUAUAUCGGAUUAGACAACCUACCACUUCCUAAUCUAAGAGUCGGGGUAAGCAAGCGGAGCGAGUAUAUUUGGGCUGGGGUUUUGGGUGUCUCGUACGGCAAGGCGUGGAAUACCGGAUACCAAACCUUGCUGGAUCUUCUUGUUACGCAGGGCUAUAUUGAAGUGCCAAUAUUCAGCCUAGGCGUCGGAUACCAAGGUGGUGGGAGUCCGAGUGAUAUAAUCUUCGGAGGAGUAGACAGAAAGAAGUUCCGAGGAUAUCUAGAGCCUCUAGAGGUCUACCCGUACCCGGACCAGCAACUGAAGCUCUUUGGACAAGUAGGCUAUCGAGUAAAUAUAACAUCUUUGGGCGUCACUCCUCCCGGGCAGAACGAAACAAUGUUGACGGACACCGAUUUCGAACGCAAUGUACUAAUAGACUCCGGAUCUACGUAUACCUAUCUCGACGCGGACCUAGUCGCUACUAUUGCGAAGGCCUUGAACGCGUACCAAGAUGAGAAUGGAGUCUAUCGUGUAUCUUGCGACAUCCGAAGUUUGGACGGCUCCGUAAACUUUGGGUUUAAUUUCUAUAAUAUAAUCAUUAGAGUCAAUUAUGCCGACUUCAUCGUCGACUUCGAUAAUUAUUGCGCUCUCGGGGUCCAGCCGACGGAUAACCAAAAUUCAACGUGGGUGCUUGGGACGAGUUUCAUCCGAGCUGCGUAUCUUAUAUUCGAUCAGCUGAAUAAUGCCGUCUGGAUUGCACAAUACUUCCCGUGUGGUGAGAAUGAGAUAGCGGAUCUCACUCAGGAUGCCGGCAGACAACUGUGGUUAGAGGUCACGGGCUUAUGUUGAUUAAGAAGGGUGAAGAAGCAAACGGGACGCGGACAAAUAAGGCCCAAAGGGUUCUGAUGUGCUGCCCAGCGCAAAGGAUACCUAGGUAAUGAGCCCGGGGUUUUAUACCGCUUCAUUAUGCCAAUAGACAUACUAUAUACUGUAAGAUAGCCAUAUAAUUAACACCUCGCACGUGUAAGUCGUGCUUAAGAUUUGAAGAGCAUUCGCUAUAAUUUGCUCGGAUUUACGCUAAACAUCUGGUCCUCGAAUAUCCUCGCUCAAUGGACCUUGCCUCGUCCAAAUAU